CGCCAGCUCGCCGUGAAAUACGCUCCACUCGUACCGUUCGUAGCAUAUCAACGUGCAUUGUAUUUGUUAUGACAAACGUUUGGCUCUGAAAAAAAUUAUGUCGGAAAGUGAGGAAGAGACCAGCAGCGGUGCGGACUGGCCGGUGACCGAAGAAUGGCUUCAGGCCGUCCUCAAGGAGCAUCACAAAGACCUCGAGGAUCCUUCAGCGAUAUCAGUUUUGGAUUUUACUGUGAAACCAGGUUGCGAUGUGGGGGAGAGCGUUCUUAGUGAUAUUUUGGCGGUGGCCGUUAAAUACUGCCUUCGUAAAGAUACAGAUACUACUACCAACAAUCUAAGCUUUAUCAUUAAACUGCUACCUCAAGACCCUUUUAGUAGAUUCUUCGUGACCGAAGCGCAAUUCGAUUUAAGGGAAAUCAAAUUUUACACCCAAGUAGUUCCCGACCUAGAGUCCUUUAAGUCAAAAAAUAUGUCCGAUAAACUGGACAUGAGACUGCCGAUACCGAAAUGUUAUUACGCACAUUAUUCGCCCGGUAGCACCGAGCCCGAAGCCACUCCGCCAGAGUCCGUCCUAGUUUUAGAAAACAUCAAACCCAACGGGUUCGUCGGUGCCGACUUCUCCAGAGGUCUCACCCUGAAACAAACAACGGCGGCUGUGGACGCCAUCGCACAAUUGCACGCUCUAUCGCUGUCGCUGAAAAUGAAAGAGGGCAAGUCUUUGUCCGAACGUUAUCCGUUCCUUUUCCAGACCACGCGGGCCUCGGAUUCCUAUCAGCAGCUGGUGGAGAGAGGUUUGCCGCAGCUGUCGCAGUUUUUGGAGAGGCGGCCGGGGUUGGAAAACGUUUUGACGGCCCUUAACGACCUUAGACCUCACACCAAGGAUAUAAUAGAAAACUUGUUGUCGCCUGAAGAACCUAUGGCUCUUAUAACGCACACGGACUUUUGGUGCAACAACUUAAUGUUUAAAGAAGAUGAAAAUAGUUGUGUGUGUUCGAUAUUGGAUUGGCAAAUGGUCACUUACAGCAGACCCACCAACGAUUUGGCUCUUUUGUUGAUUAGCUCCGUGCCGGCUGAGCUACGCAGAAUACACACUGAGAAACUUUUAGACGGUUAUUGGGAAAGUCUGACGACAAUAUGUAGGAAAAUGAGCUUGGACGUGGAAGGCGAGCUGGGAUACACUAGGAAAAAACUAUCGGAAGACUACCAAAGGUCGCAACUUUUAGCUUUAUUACUUUGUAUAGGUUCUGUAGAUCUGGCUCUGGGCAACGAACAAAUGGAAGAACGACUUUUAGAAUUACUGCAAGAUCUGCAUAAAGAUGGGUUGCUCAACGCAGACGUUGCAAACAAAACUCAACAAUGAAUAACGUGGUACGAAACAGCCACAAACCAAGUGAUACAAGCUGUGCAUAAAGAGACACAAUAUUAAUUGCUUAUAUUGUGUUUUCGCUUUUUUCUAAGAGUUUAACUGUGUUCCGUGCCAAAAUAUUUUUAUUGUUAGAUGAUAUAUUUAUUAUAAAGCAAGCAUACAUACAAUCUUCGUAGCACUUUUUAGAACUAACAAAUGUAAACACUUUCAGUAUGUAAUUAUCUCUAAUCAUUAAAUGCCGUUGCAGUAUUUUAUACUUUGAAGUUUUAUUUAUUGUUAUUCCGAAGUUUGCAUUAAAUGAAAAAAUAUUAUGAAAAGAUUUAUAAAUCAUCUGCAGCUGAAUCAAGAAA